AUGAAUUUCGAUGUUGGAGGCCCAUCAUACUUAUCAUCAUCUUCAUCUUCGGAUGAUGAUAAUUUUCUGUCCAAUAUCAUUGCAGAGAUUGAUGAAACCGAAGAAGUAAUUUGUGAGUACAUCAAUAACAACAUGAUCCUCGUUAACAAUUUACGUCAACACAACUACCAACCGAUCCAUGGUGGCUCGAUUCCCGGUCAUGCAGUGAUCAACCGCGAUCGAGAAAAUGCGCAUCAGAAUUUGGUCAUAGAUUACUUUGCCGAUAAUCCACGUUUUGGAGAAGAUAUGUUUCGUCGUCGAUAUCGGAUGUCAAGAAGUUUGUUCCUUCGUAUUGUUGAUGCAGUGAAAGAUCAUGACUAUUACUUCCAACAACGAAGUGAUGGACUUGGUAGAAUGGGAUUAUCACCGUUACAGAAAGUAACAGCUGUUUUUCGCAUGUUGGCAUACGGUCUACCAGCUGAUGCUACGGACGAAUACGUUAAAAUAGGUGAGUCAACAACAAUUGAAAGUAUGACAAAAUUUUGUCGUGCUAUGGUGGAAAUAUUCGCAGAGCGGUAUCUACGAACACCUAACGCUAACGAUAUUGCUAGGCUACUCUAUAUUGGAAAAAAACGUGGUUUUUCAGGAAUGUUAGGAAGUCUUGAUUGCACCAAUAAUGAUAUCAAUGUGUUGGAGUCAUCUAAUCUUUUCUCUAACCUAGCUCAAGGUAUUGCUCCUCCCGCUCACUAUGUUAUUCAAGGAAAAGAGUAUAAUAUGGGUUAUUAUUUAGCUGAUGGUAUAUAUCCAAAAUGGGCUACUAUUGUACAAACAAUCCAACAGCCACAAGGUAGGAAGAAAAAAUAUUUUGCCAUGAAACAGGAAGCAUGUAGAAAAGAUGUAGAACGUGCGUUCGGAGUUCUCCAAUCACGAUUUGCAAUUGUGACAGGAUCAGCACGUUUUUAA